AUGUUACUAAGUGGCCACAUUAGUAUAAUCAAUCAAUCAAUAUUGUUGUAACUUAUUGACUUUUAAUGUUAUACCUUGUUAUCUCAAGUUUAUCUUUUCAGAAGUCCGGAGUGCAAAAUGGGGUUUAUAUUUAAUUUUAUAAAAAAAAUAAUAAAGACAACUUUAAAGUUAUCUUUAUAUUUUGUGAUAUUUGUUACUGCCAUUGUACUUAUCCCUAAUUUACCACCAUACACAAAAUUCACCAGCAUUGAAUUAACCCCCUUACAACCAAGGGUUGGCCCUCUGGCUCCAAAUAGUGCCUUAAAUAAUGCAGAAAGGUCAUUCAAAGGCAAGUUUUUGGGACCGGAAGCCUUCCAAGUGUCAAAUGGUGAACUGUACACAAGUCUUGCUACUGGAGAAAUUGUGAAGAUAUCCCCUGGAGGCCAUGUUACUUUUGUAACUAAGAUAGGACAGCCAUGCACUGGGUUAGUACAUGAACAUAUCUGUGGAAGACCCCUAGGUUUUCAGAUUGAUGAAGCUGGCAAGUUCAUGUAUGUAGCUGAUGCGUACCAUGGUAUCUGGAAGGUAGAUCUGAAGACUGACAAGAAACAGUUGCUAGUGUCUCCAACUGCAGAGAUUGAGAAACGCACACCAAAACUGUUUAACUCCUUGGCACUGGGAAAGAAUGGAGACUUCUACUGGACUGACUCUACCAGUGACUUCCAUCUGAAGGAUGGUGUACUCAGCUUGUUCGCCGACCCGUCAGGAAGAUUGUUCUAUUAUGAUGCAGCUAAGAACACCAGCAAAGUACUACUCGACGAUCUAUGGUUUCCGAAUGGUGUAGUUUUGUCUCCUAACAACGAUUUCGUGGUUUUCACCGAGACUUCUCGCUUCAGAAUUAUGAAGUACUAUAUUGCAGGCCCAAAAAAAGGGCAAUCUGAAGUUUUCGUUGAUGGAUUACCAGGUGUACCGGACAACGUGCGCGUGCUUCCCGAUGGCUCGGGUCUCGUGGGGCUGUACAUGGUGUACGAUGGGGCCCCUAUCCUCCUGCGGUCGCUGAGCGCCACUCCCGCCGUCAGGAAAUUCGUUGCCCGCUUACAUCGACUCAUAGAAAUUCUCGAACAACUCAACAAGCUGUAUCCACACAUAAUUUUCAUUGGACAUUUCAAAAGCCUGGCAGCGUUUAGUCCAGGCAUGGCUGGUUUACUCCAAAUAGACUGGAAUGGAAACAUUGUAGCAGGAUACUACAAUACCGACGGCACUUUAGGACAUAUUAGUGACGCUAUUGUUUACAAUGACAAACUGUACACAGGCUGUCCACAUUUACAAGACUUUCUUGGAACAGUUCCAGUUCCACCACUUUUAAAGAAAGCAUUCGAAACUACGAAAACCGCUCCUAAAGUUGAAUCUAAGCCACUAAAAGCCAAGCCUGUUGACCAACCACCAAAACCGAAAGCUGAAGAAACACGUAAGGUUGAGCAACCCAAAACCCAGCCUAAGCCUAAGGUAGAAGAAAAACCCAAGGAUGAAUCCAAACCGAAACAAGAAAAACCAGUUGAAACUAAACCAAAACAAGAAAAACCUAAAGAACAAAGACCUGUGGAAACUAACCUAAAGAACAACCCAAAGCACCCAGGCCUGUUGAACAAUUCACCCAAACCAGCCCAACAGCCUAAGCCUGUCGAACCUGCCAAACCGGUAGAAAAAGCAGCUCCUCCAGCUCCACCACCGCCCAAACCAACUCCGCCUCCCGCGAAAGCAGAACCCGCUAAAGUUAAGCCAGUUCAAAAAACCUACGGCCCCUCCCAGAAAGCGCCACCAAAAGAACCGAAAAAGGAAGCAACUAAGGUGAAAUCAGAAGCCCCUAAACCUGUUGAAAACAUACCCAAACCAAUAAAUGAGGAAAUCCCGUCCGACACCAUCAAGCCUACCAAGGAAUCCCUGAGAGUGAUUAAAAAGGGUGGUCCCACUGAGAUCCCGGUACCCAAUCAGUAAGUAUAAGAUAUGGUUGUGGUUAAUUUAGUAGUUUGAAGAUCUCUUUGAAGGAACAAAUUAUGAAGGAAAAAGAAAACCCAUUGUUUUUAUAUUGAUUUUUUUUAAAGAUCUGCAGACUGCAUUUAUUUGCUUGUGAUUAGUGGUAUUAUUGUCUUAGAAUAUUUUACCCCUCCAAUGUCAUUCCAUUAUAAUUCCUUUUUAGCAGUGUGCAGCUACUUUGUCUUUGUUAUAAAAUCGAACCCAAGGGGUAGUUUUACAUUUUAUAGCGCACCAAUAUAAUUUUAGUAUGUAAAAUCUUUGUAGUUAAAUUAAGCAUUCCUAUUUACGAAUAUCAUUGGAAUCCAUCUAUUUAUUUCAUGAUUAUGAGAGUUUGUUGAAAUUGUUAAAAUUUAUCGUGUUGGACCAAUCUUUUUUUAAUAUAUCUAAUAUUUAUUUGUCCGAAACUAAGGAUGUUGAAAGCAUAUUUAUUAUUUUGUAACCAGUAUAUUUCAACACAAGUAAAAAGAGCUCUACUGGACAGUAAAAUCACACGACGCCGAUCGUUAUAUUUAUUCCUAUUUCACGCAUUGUACCCGUAAGACCGCCAAAGCUCUUUUUACAUGCAUUGAGCUAUAUAGGUCUGAAUAUAUUUUAUUGUGUUUAGAAACAAUUGUUUUAGUGGAAAAAUGUACCUUAUGACCUCACUCGUUACACAUUGUGCCGUUAAUUGUUACUUAUAUUUGUUAGUUACCAGUCACCAGUUAGUGCAAUAUUAAGAAUUAUACUUAUUUACAUCGAUCCAACAUAAAUCUCCUGCCAUGUCGAUAUUUAUGAUAGACAAAUAUAUUUAUUACUUCACAUAAACAUUAUUUUUAUGCACGAAUGUUAAAGAUGUGAAAAAUUAAGUGAACUACAAAUUUGAAUGUUUCUAAUACCGGUGUCUUAUUUUUUCUAGGAUAUAUUUUAAAGUAUGUUUUAGGCAUAGAAAAGUUACAAAGUACACUAAAUCGUUGUUGCAUCCAAUUUUUACAAAUAAAACUGAGCAAUAUUUGUCGUGUAAGCAAUAAAGUAUAUUUUUAUUACAUGUACAUUUAUAUAUUAAAACAUUUUAAUAUUUGA